UUGUAAGAAUCAAACCGGCUGAACCCAACCCUGUGAUAUGUAAGGAACGUAAUGUGUCAUUUUUCACGUGUUAACAUAUAUUUUUGGUAAAAGGAGGAGAUAGUUGAAAAAAAUCAUAAGGAUAUAAGGAAGAAGAAGGAUUCAAAGUUUGUUAUCCUUUUGUAAUAAUGUCUGGAACAUUGAAACCUUAUCUUAUGGCGGUGAGACGUACUCUCACAGCUGCAAUGUGUCUUGAAAACUUUUCUUCCCAAAUAGUAGAGAAGCACAAUAAACCCGAAGUAGAAGUAAGAGCAAGCAAAGAACUUUUGUUAACGCCUAUAUUGAUCAGCAGAAACGAUAAGGAGAAAGUAUUAAUAGAAUCAAGUAUAAAUAGUAUGAGAAUAAGUAUCGCUGUUAAACAGGCAGAUGAUCUGGAAAAGAUUCUCUGUCAUAACUUCACAAGAUUCAUGACCAUGAGAGCGGAACAUUUUAUGAUACUUAGGAGAAAACCUAUAGAGGGUUAUGACAUUAGUUUUCUUAUCACAAACAUUCAUGUAGAACAAAUGUAUAAACAUAAGAUAGUAGACUUUGUGAUUCAUUUUAUGGAGGAAAUUGAUAGAGAAAUCAGUGAAAUGAAACUUUCUAUGAACGCCAGAGCUCGUAUUUGUGCGGAAGAAUUUUUGAAGAGGUUCUAAUCCAUAAAGUGCAGAUUGUUAUGGAUAAGUGUCUAUAAACGAAAGGCAGUGAAAAGAGGAUGCAGUAAAAAAAUUAUCUCCGAUAACCAACAUUAGAAAAAGAUUGAUGAAUGUUAUAAUAAUUUACUCAAGAUGGUCCCUCAUCCAACUAAAGUAUCUUAACCUUCGAUUCAAUUUCAUUCAACUAAAUUCCAUCGAAUCCAAAUUUAUAUUUGGAAAUCUAAAUGAUAAUUCUGACAUAAUAAGAUUGAGCGUAAGUAUCAAAGACUUUUGAUCGGUUAUUUAUUGUAACGAAGGAAAUUAAGAAAGGAUUUUGAGUAAGGGAAAAAAGAAAAAAAAAAAAAUAGAUCAAUGUAUAUGAAAUAAAAAGAAAGAACUCGAAAAUGCUUCUUGGAAGAAGCGAUAGAGAAAGCUGCAAAGAAGAUUUCUAGACUGGUUUAAUCUCAGAAUCAAUGAAUGUUACAUCGUCUGCCUGCAUUGUAUAUUUUUUACAAUAAUACAUUUAAAUAGAUAAUUAUUCCUAGAUUAUAGAAACAUCGAUUUAACAUUUAAAAAAAAAAAAAAAAACAUUCUUCCAAACUUCUUCUACUAUCAGAAGAAUUAUUGAACAUAGAUUAUCGUGUUAGUUAAUUAAUAUAAAAAAAAAAAAAAAAAA